GUGGUAGCUAGCUAGCUAGCUACGGUAGUCCGCAAUCUUGCAUUUUGUGGCAUUUCAUAUUUUAAGAAAUGCAUAAAACCAUACUUCUAAAGUGUUGAAUGGACGCUCCAACAUAUUUGUGAACCUAACGGACGUUUUCUGGACUCGAUAUAUUGUAGUCAAACAAGCUUACAAGAGCUGAAGAGUUCCUACAGAGUAGUUAGCGCGUAGCUUCACAAUGUACAUCAAACAGGUGAUUAUCCAGGGUUUUCGAAGUUACAGGGACCAGACUGUAGUCGACCCGUUCAGCCCAAAGCACAAUGUCAUCGUUGGAAGAAACGGGUCUGGGAAAAGUAACUUUUUCUAUGCCAUCCAGUUUGUUCUCAGUGAUGAGUUCAGUCACCUUCGUCCAGAGCAGAGGCUGGCUUUGUUGCAUGAGGGGACAGGACCUCGUGUUAUUUCCGCUUUUGUGGAAAUUAUAUUCGACAACUCUGACAACAGGUUACCGAUUGACAAGGAAGAGGUCUCCCUCCGUCGAGUCAUCGGAGCCAAAAAAGACCAGUAUUUCUUGGAUAAGAAAAUGGUGACGAAAAAUGAUGUCAUGAACCUCUUGGAGAGUGCUGGCUUUUCCCGCAGUAAUCCUUACUACAUUGUCAAGCAAGGAAAGAUCAAUCAGAUGGCCACAGCUCCUGACUCCCAGCGUCUGAAACUGCUGAGGGAAGUGGCAGGAACCCGAGUGUACGACGAACGCAAGGAGGAGAGUAUCUCCCUCAUGAAGGAGACAGAGGGCAAAAGGGAGAAGAUCAAUGAGCUGCUGAAGUACAUCGAGGAACGACUGCACACUCUGGAGGAUGAGAAGGAGGAGCUGGCUCAGUACCAGAAGUGGGACAAGAUGCGCCGGGCGCUGGAGUACACCAUCUACAACCAGGAGCUCAACGAGACCCGGGCUAAACUGGACGAGUUGUCCACGAAACGAGAGACCUGCGGUGAUAAGUCGCGUCAGCUGCGUGACGCUCAGCAGGACGCCAGAGACAAAGUGGAGGAAACGGAGCGCAUCGUGCGCGAGCUGAAGGCCAAGAUCUCGGCCAUGAAGGAGGAGAAGGAGCAGCUGAGUACGGAGAGGCAGGAGCAGAUCAAGCAGAGGACCAAGCUGGAGCUGAAGGCCAAGGACCUGCAGGACGAGCUGGCGGGGAACAGCGAGCAGAGGAAACGACUGCUGAAAGAAAGGCAGAAACUUCUGGAAAAGAUUGAAGAGAAACAGAAGGAGCUUCAGGAGACUGAGCCAAAGUUCAACGCCGUGAAGGAGAAAGAGGAACGAGGCAUAGCCAGACUGGCCCAGGCCACACAGGAGAGGACCGACCUGUAUGCCAAACAGGGCCGUGGCAGUCAGUUCACCUCCAAGGAGGAGAGGGACAAAUGGAUCAAGAAGGAGCUCAAGUCCCUGGACCAGGCCAUCAACGACAAGAAACGUCAGAUCGCCGCCAUUCACAAAGACCUGGAGGACACCGAGGCCAACAAGGAGAGGAACCUGGAGCAGUACAGUAAACUGGAUCAGGAUUUGAAUGAAGUGAAGACUCGCGUGGAAGAAUUGGACAAGAAGUAUUAUGAGGUGAAAAACAGAAAGGAUGAACUUCAGAGUGAGAGAAAUUACCUGUGGCGAGAGGAGAACGCGGAGCAGCAGGCCCUGGCUGCCAAGCGGGAGGACCUGGAGAAGAAGCAGCAGCUCCUCCGGGCGGCCACCGGAAAGGCCAUUUUGAAUGGUAUUGACAGCAUCAACAAGGUGCUGGAGCACUUCCGCCGAAAAGGCAUCAACCAGCACGUCAUCAACGGCUACCACGGGAUAGUGAUGAACAACUUCGAGUGUGAGCCAGCCUUCUACACCUGCGUAGAGGUGACCGCAGGAACCAGGUUGUUUUACCACAUAGUGGAGACUGAUGAAGUCAGCACCAAAAUCCUGUCAGAGUUCAAUAAGAUGAACCUUCCUGGCGAGGUCACCUUCCUUCCUCUGAGCAAGCUGGAUGUCAGAGAUACUGCCUAUCCAGAGACCAAUGACGCUAUUCCCAUGAUCAGCAAACUGCGCUACAAUCCCAAAUUUGACAAGGCCUUCAAGCACGUUUUUGGAAAAACUCUGAUCUGCCGCAGCAUGGAGGUGUCCACCCAGCUGGCCAGAGCUUUCACCAUGGACUGCAUCACGCUGGAGGGUGACCAGGUGAGUCACCGCGGUGCCCUGACGGGAGGAUACUACGACACCAGGAAGUCCCGCCUGGAACUGCAGAAGGACGCGAGAAAGGCUGAGGAGGAGCUCGGCGAGCUCGAGGCCAAGCUGAACGAAAACCUGCGUCGAAACAUCGAACGCAUCAAUAAUGAGAUCGACCAGCUGAUGAACCAGAUGCAGCAGAUUGAGACCCAGCAGAGGAAGUUCAAGGCGUCCCGCGACAGCAUCCUGUCCGAGAUGAAGAUGCUGAAGGAGAAGAGGCUGCAGUCAGAGAAGACCUUCAUGCCCAAGCAACGCAGCUUGCAGAGCCUGGAGGCCAGCCUGCACGCCAUGGAGUCUACGCGCGAGUCGCUGAAGGCGGAGCUGGGCACCGACCUGCUGUCCCAGCUCAGCCUGGCGGACCAGCGGCGCGUGGACGACCUGAACGACGAGAUCCGGCAGCUGCAGCAGGAUAACAGACAGCUUCUGAACGAGAGAAUAAAGUUGGAGGGCAUCAUGACCAGAGUGGAAACGUACCUCAAUGAAAACCUGCGCAAACGAUUGGACCAAGUGGAACAGGAGCUGAAUGAGUUGAGGGAGACGGAGGGAGGGACCGUCCUCACAGCCACCACCUCUGAGCUGGAGGGAAUCAACAAACGCAUCAAAGACACCAUGGCACGCUCAGAAGACCUGGACAGCCUGAUCGAUAAGACGGAGAUCGAGAUCAAGGAGCACCAGAAGAGCAUGGAGCGCUGGAAGAGCAUCGAGAAGGACCAGAACGACGCCAUCAACCACGACACCAAGGAGCUGGAGAAGAUGACCAACCGGCAGGGCAUGCUGCUGAAGAAGAAGGAGGAGUGCAUGAAGAAGAUCCGCGAGCUGGGCUCUCUUCCUCAGGAGGCCUUCGAGAAGUACCAGACGCUCACGCUCAAGCAGCUGUUCAGAAAGCUGGAGCAGUGCAACACAGAACUGAAGAAGUACAGCCAUGUGAAUAAAAAGGCCCUGGACCAGUUCGUCAACUUCUCCGAGCAGAAGGAGAAGCUGAUCAAGAGGCAGGACGAGCUGGACAGGGGCUACAAGUCCAUCAUGGAGCUGAUGAAUGUUCUGGAGCUGCGCAAAUACGAAGCCAUACAGCUCACCUUCAAACAGGUGUCUAAGAACUUCAGCGAGGUGUUCCAGAAGCUGGUGCCGGGGGGCAAGGCCACGCUGGUGAUGAAGAAGGGAGACGCGGAGGGGGGGCAGUCGCAGGACGAGGGGGAGGGCGGGGCCGACAGCGAGAGGGGGUCCGGCUCCCAGAGCAGCGUGCCCUCAGUGGACCAGUUCACAGGAGUGGGAAUCCGGGUAUCAUUCACAGGGAAGCAGGGAGAGAUGAGGGAGAUGCAGCAGCUUUCGGGUGGGCAGAAGUCCCUGGUGGCCCUGGCGCUCAUCUUCGCCAUUCAGAAGUGUGACCCCGCCCCCUUCUACCUGUUCGAUGAGAUCGACCAGGCUCUGGACGCCCAGCACAGGAAGGCUGUGUCUGAUAUGAUUGUGGAGUUGGCAGGGCAUGCCCAGUUCAUCACCACCACCUUCAGACCAGAGCUUCUGGAGUCUGCCGACAAGUUCUACGGAGUCAAAUUCAGAAACAAGGUGAGCCACAUUGAUGUGAUCUCUGCGGAGCAGGCCAAAGACUUUGUGGAGGACGACACCACCCACGGAUAGGAAGCAGAACCUCCUCUGUAGUUAACUGUGCUGAGUGCUCUCUGUAGCCUGUUUGGAAAUACUGUGUAAGCUCUUCUUUAUAUCUUAACUUUCUCACUGUUUUCAGUACCUGGUUUCUUUAUGGCUGUAAAGGUUUUUAAUGCUUAUGGGGUUUUAGUGUAGAGCCACUGAUAGGGGUGAGGGGUACUCUUGCGGAAAAGAGGAGUAGAGAUGAAGUAUAAAUGUCAGACUGAGCUUUCUUGCUGUCUCUCAUGUAGUACCCCUGCCCCCCAGUUUUGAUUGCCUGUGUUUUUCUGUUUUGGCAU